CGUUAGUUGCGUAAACUGCCCCGUCAGUUCCAUGAUGGCUGAAGAUCCAGGAGGUACUUAUUUCAACCUGUCCUUCGUUUUACGUUUUCACUCGUGUCUGCUCGUCUUUGAGACAUGGCAGGAGCCGCAGCCACGAUAAGCGGUCACAGAACACCGCCGCCACCAUGCCCAAGAAAGGGAACCGAAAACGGCUGAAGUUCCGGGCCGAGGACGUGUGCUCGGAGUCAGUUACUGUGGCUGACUAUGCCGAUUCAGACCCAGCCAUUGUGAAGUCUGGCAGGGUGAAAAAAGCGGUGGCCAAUGCUAUCGAAAAAGAAGUGAAAUUGUUGCGCGGACUGGAGGCCUCCCACGGCCCGGUGCAGGACGUGCUGUCGUCCGUGGCGAGUGUCAGCGGGGCGGAUUGCGACAGCAGCGACGAGCCGGACCCCGAGGACUGCGUCAAGGGGUCGCGCAAAAAGAAGAACAAGAGACGUAAAGCAGAAAAUGGCGAUUGCUGUGAUGGAGAGGAGUAUCCCGUGGAUAUCUGGCUGGUCCUGGCCUCUUACAUUCGCCCGGAAGACAUCUGCACAUUCGCUCUGAUCUGCAAGAAUGCCUGGACUGUCACCUGCACUGCUGCAUUCUGGACCAGGCUGUACCGCAGGUACUACAGCCUGGAUGCGGACCUGCCCCUCCGCCUGCAGCCCGACUGCAUGGGGAAGAUGCGCUGCCUCCGCGCCUGCGUGAUCCGCUCCCUCUUCCACCUGUACGAGCCCUUCAGCGCCCGCAUCUCCAAAACCCCCAUGCUCCCCGAGGCCACGCCCACCUGCCUCCUCAACUCAAAGUGUUUACUCUUCUGGGUCAACAAGAUUGUUGGAAGUCGCCCAAGUAGUCCAAUGUGGGAGUUCAACUUCAAGUUUCUGAAGCAGCCCGCCAAGCUGAAGAACGGCAGCAGCAGGGGGCUCCAGCUGCCCAGGCAGUAUACCGAGGUGCACACCAACCCCGACCUGGACUGCAGCCUGCUGCAGGUCACCACCCUCAACUUCAUCUUCACCUCUGUGGUGAUGGGCAUGACCCUGAGCCGGUUCACCAUCAGCGUGAGCACGGACAUGCGGCACCACCGCGUGGGGCUGGCGUUCCAGGACUCCCCCAUCCUGAGGGGGCGGAGCUUGCGGGGGGAUCCGGGGGUGCAGGUGGUGCUGGACCCCGUCCACAGCGUGCGUCUGAUAGACUGGUGGCACCCCCAGUACCCCACUUCUGCCAAAACCUAGGCCCCCUCCAUCUCCACGUUAUCCCAUCCCCCCACCCCCGCUCCCCAGGCGUGGCGGGGACGUGCGCCACCGUCGCCGAUGUUUACUGCUGAGCGGCGCUUUGUGUGGGCGUGUGCUGCCCGCCGUGCCGCGCCUGAUCUGCCCCUCUGUGGGGGUGACUCGGCCACGCCCGCCCGCGCGUGUGUGUGUGCGUGUAUAUGCGUGUGUGUGUGUGUGUGUGUGUGCGCAUGUCUCUCUCUCUCCACUCGCACGCCUGUGUGUCACCUUCCCCGGUGUCUCUCUCUCUCUCCCUCUCCCCACAGUGGAAGUGUGUUAGCUCACUUUAAACAUCUUGAAAACGUGCUCUUUCUUUUUCUGUCAAAUUCAUAUUGAAUUGAAUGUGUCAGUGUGGGGGGAGGGGUGCAGGAAUGACUGAAUUGCAUAGGGAAUGAUGAAGGUUAACUGCGGGACCAAUUUAAUUUAGAUUUUGCCGUUACCUGGCUGGGCUUAGUCAUUUUGUUUUGGACGUUAGUUGAGAUAUGUCUUUAUUCCUGUGGUCGCACUUUGUUGCAGAAGUGCCCAUAUUGAGCCCCUGGUUUACCAUGGCAACCGUUGUGGUGGCAACCGUUCGUCCCUCCACAUGGCGGGGCAGUUUGAUGGGCAUUAUACGUCUGUGUUGUGUGUGAAAACGCUACGCAGUUUUUGGCUAGCGUCGUCCAGAUCUAAUCAAAUUAUAAAUGUAAACAAAGCAUCCCUGUUUGUUCCCAUAUCAAUCGCGCAUGAUACAGCCUCGUCAUUAUCGACAGGAAUAAUACAGUUUUGAAGAAAAGAUUUCUCAUUUUAUUUUUUUGGUUUGUGAGAUUUUGAGUUUGUGUUCUUUGUGUGUUUUAUGUGGCCCCAUAAAUACUUCCUUUGAAAGGCAGCAUGUUUGAAAUAAUAAAAGGGUCAAAUAAGGAGUGUUUCAAAUAAACACCCAGACCUGAUAAAUGCCCGUCGGCACUAAACUGAAGCAAAGGCCCAUGGGAAGUCUAUCAGCGAUAGACUUAUGUUAUGUUGUUUGUGUACUGAUGUGGAUCUCCUGAAAUCAAAUGUCUUGUGCACUGAAAUGUCAAAUAUAGUUGGAAAUGUCUUAAUGGUCCAUAACCUUCACUGCUUGAUGUUAUGGAUAGUUUAAAGUGUACCAAAGUUAUGUUUAAAACACUAUACUCCUGAUUAAAGAGUAUUCAAUUAAAAGAGCUUCAAUUAAAGAGUA